AGUCUUAAAGAGGAAGAAGAAAAACCAGGUAUGGCCGGUUGAGGGCAGCAUUGUUCCAACAACCUGAACAGAACACUAAGCAGCAGAGUGGAGGGAAGUGUGGCCGGGCAGGUACAGGAAAGAUGGCAGCCGCGGCAGUGGCUGAGUUUCAGAGAGCACAGUCACUGCUUGGAUCAGACCGGAAUGCCUCCAUCGACAUCUUGCAUUCAAUAGUAAAGCGGGACAUCCAUGGCAGUGAUGAGGAGGCUGUGCGGGUUAAAGAGCAAAGCAUCUUGGAGCUGGGUGGAUUGCUGGCCAAGACAGGACAGGCUACAGAGCUCGGUGGCCUGUUGAAGUACGUCCGACCAUUCCUCAACUCCAUCUCCAAGGCCAAAGCAGCCAGGCUGGUCCGCUCCCUGCUUGACCUGUUCCUGGAUAUGGAUGCUGCCACAGGACAGGAAGUGGAACUCUGCCUGGAGUGCAUAGAAUGGGCCAAGGCUGAGAAGAGGACCUUCCUCAGACAGGCUCUAGAGGCGCGGCUUGUUUCACUAUAUUUCGACACAAAGUGUUACCAAGAGGCCCUACAACUUGGCUCUCAGUUGCUGCAGGAGCUAAAGAAGAUGGAUGACAAAGCCCUACUGGUGGAGGUCCAGCUGCUGGAGAGUAAAACAUAUCACGCCCUCAGUAACCUGCCCAAAGCCCGAGCCGCUCUCACGUCAGCCAGGACAACCGCCAACGCCAUCUACUGCCCACCAAAACUCCAAGCAGCUUUAGAUAUGCAGUCAGGGAUCAUUCACGCAGCAGAGGAGAAAGACUGGAAGACGGCUUACUCCUACUUUUAUGAGGCCUUUGAGGGCUAUGACUCCAUUGACAGUCCUCGAGCCAUUACAGGACUCAAAUACAUGCUUCUCUGCAAAAUCAUGCUCAAUGCACCAGAGGAUGUACAGGCCCUCAUCAGUGGCAAGCUUGUUCUGCAGUACGCUGGCAGACAGACAGAUUCUUUGAAAUGUGUGGCGCAGGCAAGCAAGAAUCGAUCACUUGCAGACUUUGAAAAGGCACUAACAGAGUACAAAGCAGAACUGAGGGACGAUCCCAUCAUCCGAAACCAUCUGACCAAACUCUAUGACAACCUGCUGGAGCAGAACCUCAUCAGGGUCAUUGAACCUUUCUCCAGGGUCCAGAUAGCCCACAUUUCCUCCCUCAUUAAACUCUCCAAGGGAGAUGUUGAGAGGAAAUUAUCACAGAUGAUUCUGGACAAAAAGUUUCAUGGUAUUUUAGACCAAGGUGAAGGUGUGCUCAUUGUCUUUGAUGAACCUGCGGUGGACAAGACAUAUGAGGCAGCCCUGGAGACCAUUCAGAAUAUGAGCAAGGUGGUGGACUCGCUUUACAAUAAAGCCAAGAAGCUAACAUAAGUGACUAAAACCAGCAGUGUGGAGUGUCGUGGGCCAGUCAGACACACCCCUGCAGGGAAGAAGGAAGGGAUGAAGGGGAUAAAGACGUUUAAAAAGACUCGAUGAACCUCAGGAGACACUCCAACAGAGGACACACUGCUCCCUUCCAUUCCUCUGCUCUCUUUUCCUCUUCUUGUUCCUAUCAGGUUGGGUGUACAUCCUUAUGGACAGAUAUAGGCGCCACGGCCCCUCUUCCUCAGCUGAUGGCUGCUACUAUAUGUAAAAUAGGUCAAAUAUCCUCUUUAUCUUUGUUUUCCUUACCUUUUUCCUUGUGCUGGCCAUCAGGGAAUCUUGUAAAAAAUAAUAAACAAUAUACAUGAACCGCA